UUUAGGUUUGGCUAUUACUGUUAUAGCAUUGCCAUGGAAACCAAAACUUUUGAUGAUGCCAAACUGACGUGUAAGCAGACUGCAGCUAACCUGGUUGAUGUUGCUAGCAGAAAUGAGAGCGCGUUUCUCAUCAGUCUGGUUGGUCUUCGACCUGAGAAAUAUUUCUGGAUUGGUUUGUCUAAUACUCAUCAGAAUGAGCAAUUCCAGUGGAUCAAUGGUGAUAAAGUCAAGUUUACACACUUUAAUGUAGGCAUGCCAGAUAAGCACAGAGGUUGUGUGGCAAUGUUAACAGGAACUUCAGCAGGAUUAUGGGAUGUAUUGGCCUGUAACACUAAACAGAAAUACAUCUGUAAGAAAAUGGCAGAAGGAGUCACUACAACCCGAGAGCCUCCGACCACACGACCUCUCAGCUGCCCGGCUAAUUGGAUUAAAAAAGAUCCAGGAAGUUGUAUUCAGAUCUACAGAAAUAAUGAGGAGAAGAAGAAGACUUGGUUUGAAGCGCGUGACUUCUGUCGAGCUGUUGGUGGUGAUUUAGCGAGCUUUCAUUCAGAAAAUGAAAUUAAUGUGUUAUGUCUGCAGGCGGUUCAGCAGGACUGA